UCACAUGACAGCUCCGUCUGGGAACCAGGAAGUUAGAGGGCGGGGCUUUGCAAAGGGCUGGUGGGCUGAUAAAACAAGCAUCCACCAUGACAGCCAUCAAACAUGCUCUCCAGAGGGACAUCUUCACACCCAACGAUGAGCGUCUGCUCGGCAUUGUUAAUGUCUGCAAGGCAGGGAAGAAAAAGAAGAACUGCUUCUUGUGUGCCACAGUUACCACGGAGAGGCCUGUCCAGGUUAAAGUAGUUAAGGUGAAGAAAUCUGACAAGGGGGACUUUUACAAACGACAGCAGACGUGGGAACUCCGAGAUCUGACAGAGGUAGAUGCCAAAGAUGCAAGCAAGGAAAAUCCUGAAUUUGACCUUCACUUUGAGAAGGUGUAUCGGUGGCUGGCCAGCAGCACAGCUGAAAAAAACUCCUUUAUCUCAUGCAUUUGGAAGCUGAACCAGCGAUACCUGAGGAAGAAGGUGGAGUUUGUGAAUGUCAGUUCUCAGCUGCUGGAAGAGUCGGUACCGAGCGGCGAGAGUCAGAGUGUUGCCGGGGGCGAUGAGGAUGCGCUGGACGACUACCAGGAGCUGAGCACCCGUGAAGAGCAGGACAUCGAGAGCAUGAUGGAGAUGUGCGAGUAUGCCAUCUCCAAUGCUGAGGCUUUCGCCGAGCAGCUCUCCAGGGAGCUGCAGGUUCUAGAUGGGGCCAAUAUCCAGUCCAUUAUGGCAUCGGAGAAGCAGGUCAACAUCCUGAUGCAGCUGCUGGAUGAGGCGCUGGGUGAGGUGGACACCAUCGAGGGGAAGCUGAGCAGCUAUGAGGAGAUGCUCCAGAGCGUCAAGGAGCAGAUGGACCAGAUCUCCCAGAGCAACCGCCUCAUCCAGAUCAGUAACACCAACAACGGCAAACUGCUGGAUGAGAUCCAGUUCUUAGUGAACUACAUGGACCUUUCAAAGGGACACAUCAGAGCCUUGCAGGAGGGAGACCUGACCUCCCCUAAAGGUAUCGAGGCCUGCAUCAAUGCCUCUGAGGCUCUUCUGCAGUGCAUGAACGUGGCCCUCCGACCAGGCCACGAGAAGCUGAUGGCUGUGACGCAGCAACAGCUCCUGUUUGCUGAGCUGAGAGACACCUUUGCUCGCCGCCUCACCAAUCACCUCAACAACGUGUUUGUUCACCAGUUCAACCACUUCAGUCACUUCAAAAUGACCAUCCCUCAGUUCUAUAGGUCCUCCUGUCUGUCGCUUCCAGGCCAUGACCAGAGCUCCACCCUGUCGCAGCACACAGCUGAGCUGACCCUGCCCAAACACAACCCCCUCCACAGGGACCUGCUGCGCUACGCCAAGCUCAUGGAGUGGCUGAAGAACACCCACAGGGAGAAAUAUGAGGGCCUAUCCAGGACUUAUGUUGACUAUAUGAGCAGAUUAUAUGAACGAGAAAUCAAAGACUUCUUUGAGGUGGCCAAGAUAAAGAUGGCGGGUACAACCAAGGAGGCCAAGGGCAAGUUUGCCACGCUUCCGCGGAAAGAGAGUGCUCUCAAACAGGAAACAGAAAGCCUUCAUGGCAGCUCUGGGAAGCUGACAGGCUCUACCUCGAGCCUGAACAAACUGACAGUGCAGGGCUCCAACAGCCGGCGUUCCCAGUCUUCCUCACUGCUGGACAUGGGCAACAUGUCCGCCUCCGAUCUGGACGUGGCCGAUAGGACCAAGUUUGACAAGAUAUUCGAGCAGGUCCUCAGUGAGCUGGAGCCUCUGUGUCUCGCAGAACAAGACUUUAUCAGCAAGUUCUUUAAGCUGCAGCAGCACCCGACGGUUACACCCCCUCUUGCUCAGCCUGAAACAGAGGAAUCAGAUGGAGGCACGCCGUCAAGAAUCCCUCCCCAGGCUGAUCACAGACACUCCUUGUCAUCAGAGAAAGACAUGGUGCGGAUGAUGAUGAAUAAAAUCUUCCAGAGCAUCGAGACGGAGCUCAACAGUCUCAUCGCUCUGGGCGACAAGAUUGACAGCUUCAACUCUCUCUACAUGCUGGUGAAGAUGAGUCACCAUGUGUGGACAGCUGAGAACGUUGACCCGGCCUCUUACCUCAGCACUACUUUGGGAAAUGUGCUGGUCACUGUCAAGAGGAACUUUGACAAAUGCAUUUCUGGUCAGAUCAGACAGAUGGAGGAAGUGAAGAUUUCAAAGAAAAGCAAAGUUGGUAUCCUGCUUUUCGUUACUGGCUUUGAGGAGUUUGCUGAGUUGGCUGAAACAAUAUUCCGUAAUGCAGAGCGCAGAGGGGACUUGGAUAAAGCUUACGUCAAACUCAUCAGGGCUGUCUUCAUGAAUGUGGAGAAAGUAGCCAAUGAAAGCCAGAAGACGCCGCGGGACGUUGUGAUGAUGGAGAAUUUCCACCACAUCUUUUCCACACUGUCACGUCUAAAGAUCUCCUGUCUGGACGCAGAGAGGAGAGAGGCCAAGCACAAAUACACAGACCAUCUGCAGUCCUAUGUGAUCAACUCUCUGGGCCAGCCUCUAGAAAAACUCAAUCAUUUCUUUGAAGGAGUCGAGGCACGUGUAGCGCAGGGUGUCCGCGAGGAGGAGGUGAGCUACCAGCUGGCCUUCAACAAACAAGAGCUGCGUAAAGUUAUCAAAGAAUAUCCUGGCAAAGAGGUAAAAAAGGGACUGGACAACCUUUACAAGAAGGUGGACAAACAUCUGUGUGAAGAAGAAAGUCUGCUACAGGUGGUGUGGCACUCCAUGCAAGACGAGUUCAUCCGUCAGUACAAGCACUUUGAAGAUCUGAUCGGCAGAUGCUACCCUGGAUCUGGAAUCACCAUGGAGUUUACCAUCCAGGACAUGUUGGAGUACUUCUCCAGCAUUGCUCAGUCUCAUUAGUCUAGCUGCUACACACCGUUUCAAUAGUAAUUCACUACUGGCUCACACUGAUACACUAGCUACUCACAAACUACUCUGUUUUGUUUUAUGGACGAUGAACAUUUCCUGUGUGUCUGUGUUUUCAUGAAAGGGAUAUGUAUAUUGAACAGUGGUGCAGAGAGCUCUGCAUUGUGUGUGUGUGUCUGUUCCUUUGAUAUUCAACAGCUCUGCUCUAAAUACUUUAUUGUUUGUUAUAUUUUUGUCAUUUCUUUAUGCCAUAUGUACAUAUUAAAUUCGCAAUUGCCGACCCAUUCAAUGCCA